AUGGAUGUCAGUGGUUUAAAAUAUCUCGUUGUUUUUGCUAUUGUUUAUUUCACGUGCAAGGUUGAGGGGCAGAACAAGACGCUUAAAGACCUGUUCAACAGUACGUCUUGUGCCAAGCCACCGUAUACCUGUCCACAUCCACAGAUUCAGUUUUAUCUUUACACAAGGACGACUCAAAAGGAUCCUGCACUGUUGAACGUCAGGGACCCGCGAUCUCUCGAUUACACAACAUACAAUCCGUCGCAUCCCACCAAGGUUAUCAUCCACGGAUUUGGGGGAGGAAGGAAUUUGGCACCGAGCACUGAUUUGAGGAAUGCUUAUUUCAAACGCGGCAAUUACAACAUAAUAAUCGUGGACUACGGAUCGCUAGUACGAGAGCCAUGUCUAUCACAAAUGCAAUGGGGUCCGGACUUUUGUUCGCGUUGUAUUGCUCAAUUGGUGAGAUACUUGAGGGAUCAUCGGCGUGGUACACCAGUGGAGAAUAUACACGUACUGGGAUACAGCGUUGGUGCUCACAUAGCUGGCCUCAUAGCAAAUCACCUGCCCGAUGACAAAUUGGGGAGGAUAACGGGUCUCGAUCCAACGAUAUUUUUUUACAUGAAUGGAAACAGAUCCAGAGACUUGGACGAAACGGAUGCCCAUUUUGUCGAUAUUAUUCACACGGGUGCUGGUAUUUUGGGACAGUGGGGGCCAAAUGGACACGCAGAUUUUUAUGUCAAUGGAGGGACGAGUCAGCCGGGAUGCGCGACAACAUCAAUACUGAGAACACUAUCAUGCGAUCACACGAAAGUAACUCCUUACUACAUCGAGUCGAUAACGACAAAGGUGGGAUUUUGGGCAGCACCAUGUCCAAAUCUAUUCUCAUACCUCAUAGGAUGGUGCAGUCCGGCGGACGAGGAGUGGAUACCCAUGGGGGAGGACACCCCACAUACCGCAAGAGGAAUCUUCUAUCUGUCAACAAACGGACACAAACCAUACGCCCGAGGACAUCCCGGAAAAAAACAACCCCAGAAAAAUCAGAAGCAAUCGUCCUACCGCCAGUAUUAAGUCUACUCAAGCAGCUCAUCAAUAUUAUUAU